AGUUUUAAAAUUCCUCUCCGUGUUUACAUCUCUCACAAAAUCUGAUCAAUUCUCAUGCAAUCAUCACUACAGAGAGGAAACAUCUGGCCUGUUAAACAUUAGGCUUUGUUAGAGAAAGAGACACAGGCGUUCCAGGAGACGAACUCUGAAAUCUGCUGGUUUGUCUAAAAUACUUCUGCUUUGUCUUAUCUCUUGGAUCUGUUGGCUUGCAGAGCAUCCAGAGGAAAGUUUUUGUCCUCGGAUUCAGACAUGAACUCUGUUUGAACCUGACUGACUCCUAGUUGUCCUCAAGUGUUGUACUGUACCCUAAGCCUCCUCUGUCUCAGAGCCUCAAUCAGCACCCAUGUACAGCAGCGGAUACUCCCAAGUCUCCAAGUACAGCCCGGAGGCCAGAAAGAGGAUGGUGCACCACCGCUCUAAAGGAAAGAGCUGCGGCUACUACAUGCGCAUCGUCUUCUUCUUCUCUUCGCUCAUCCAGUCUCUGAUCAUCGUCAGCCUGGUGCUCUUUCUCAUCUAUGGGAAGAAACAAGACUCUGCGUCCACUUCACGUAUCCAGGACCUGGAGGAGAGCUUCAGCCGACUGUCCAUCGAGAAUGUGGCCCUUAGGCAGCAGAGGAAGAACCUGACCACCUUUCUCAAUACCACCCUGACUGAAAAAGCACGCAACGACUGGGACCUGGCCAGGCUGCGAGACUACACCAACAUCUCAGUGAUCCUGAUCCAAGAUAUGGAUAGAAGGCUGAUGCAGUGCACGGGAGAGCUGAUGACUUCCAAGGCCCAACUGCGCUUUAACGGGCCCUGCCAACAGCAAUCCUUUCCUAACACGUGUAACUGUGGACUACUGAUGGACCAGAUGAUAGCCAAGCUGGAGCUUGUGCAGUCAAACUUCACUCAAACAGUACAGAGGAUGAAGAUGAACCUGGAACAGACUGCCAGAGAGAGAGACAACUUAAACCUGGAGGCCAUCCGUCUGAGGAGAGACAAAUCCACGCAUGAUAAGGAGGUGGCGCUCUUUAAACAGAAAUGCAAAGAUGACUUCGCAGAGUCCCUUCAGGGUGUCUCCAGCGUCUCCUCCGCUUUCCUAGCAAAGAUCGACUCCCUCUUCCCCACGCACAUCGCCUUCCAGCUCACCUGUCCCAAACAGAGAGAACACCUGGAGCAGAUCCGCACCAACUGCUCCAGCCUGUCAAGAGAGGUGGAGGACAGGUUCCAGCGUUACCUGAACAGCGUGGGAGACCAGGUGUCCAACAUCCAGUCUGAGAGCAGCCGCCUGAAAGCAGAGAACUGGAGACUGACUGAAGACUACCGCUGGUGCAGCCAGAACCGCACAGGCCUGAUCCAACAGCACCGACAGAACCAGGAGAAGCUACAGCUGAAGCACGAUCAGGACAAGGAGAAACUCCUGAUGGACAAGAUGAAGCUGAAUGGAGAUAUUGAAGUCCUGGAAAACAACGUCAGAUAUAAAACUAAAGAGGUUGAGCACCUUGUUGAGCAAAUCAGGCAUCUCAAUAUGACCUGCGUGCCUAGGGCCGGGUUUGGAGGAUAUCCUGGAGGCCUCCCUCGUACUUUUGGGUCGGAUGGGUUGGGUGGUGGAUCCAGCUCUACCUCUUCUGGUUUUGGUCACUUUAAUAGGCAAGGGUCAGGGUCAAGUACAGGCUUUGGUUUUUCUGGGUUUGGGUCCAAUAAACCUACAUCAACUGGGAUUGGCUCUUCUGGCUCAUCCCCCUUUGGGUCUAGUGGCUCCACUGGGUUUGGAUCCAAUAAGCCAUCAAGUGGUUCUGGCUCCUCUAGCUCUUCUGGGUCCUUCUUUGGGUCCAAUAAGCCAUCAAGUGGUUCUGGCUCCUCUAGCUCUUCUGGCUCCUCCUUCUUUGGGUCCAAUAAACCAUCAAGUGGUUCUGGCUCCUCUAGCUCCUCUGGCUCUUCCUUCUUUGGGUCAAGUACUUCUACUGGUGUUGGAUCCAAUAAACCGUCAAGCGGUUCUGGCUCCUCUAGCUCCUCUGGCUCUUCCCUCUUUGGGUCAAGUAGUUCCACUGGUGUUGGAUCCAAUAAACCAUCAAGUGGUUCUGGCUCCUCAAGCUCUUCUGGGUCUUCUUUCUUUGGGUCAAGUAGUUCUACUGGUGUGGGAUCAAAUAAACCGUCAAGUGGUUCUGGUUCCUCGAGCUCCUCUGGCUCUUCCUUCUUUGGUUCAAGUAGUUCUACUGGUGUUGGAUCCAAUAAACCGUCAAGUGGUUCUGGCUCCUCUAGCUCCUCUGGCUCUUCCCUCUUUGGGUCAAGUAGUUCUACUGGUGUUGGAUCCAAUAAACCGUCAAGUGGUUCUGGCUCCUCUAGCUCCUCUGGCUCUUCCCUCUUUGGGUCAAGUAGUUCUACUGGUGUUGGAUCCAAUAAACCGUCAAGUGGUUCUGGCUCCUCUAGCUCCUCUGGCUCUUCCCUCUUUGGGUCAAGUAGUUCCACUGGUGUUGGAUCCAAUAAACCGUCGAGCGGGUCUGGUUCCUCGAGCUCCCUUGGCUCUUCCUUCUUUGGGUCAAGUAGUUCUACUGGUGUUGGAUCUAGUAAACCAUCAAGUGGUUCUGGCUUCUCAAGUAGCUCCAGUGGUUUUGGACUCAAUAAGCCAUCAAGUGGUUUUGGCUCUUCUAGCUCCUCUAGCUCUUCGGGCUCAUCCCUCCUUGGGUCAAGUAGUUCUUUGGGGUCAAAUAAGCCAGCAACAACUGUGAAAAGCUCAGGCCUAGGGUCAUCGUCCUCAGGGUCAUCUGGAUCAACAAGCAGUUCAUCCAGUAAAACCAGUUCAUCCAGCUCUGGCCUGGGUUGGUUCGGGUUUGGGGGCAGUAGCUCAGGACAAAGUAAAACAGGAAGUGGAACAGGGAAAACUACGUCAAGUGGAAGUGGAUCAUCAUUUGGAUCGGGGAGAACCAGCAGUUUUGGAGGUGGCACAGUCAAUGUUGCUCAGCACCUCAGUGAUCUGCAACGCCUCAUCAACCCAAAUACCCCUGCGGAGAAACAGGAUCUCUCCAGGAUGUUGGGUUAAUUGUGUUGACUAGAAAAACCCACACAUUCAUGAGCUUUAUCUGCUGCAUCUCUCACACGACUAAAUCAAGCCCCUCAUACUGAGUUCACACAUUAUUUACCAUCAGAUGUGGCAUAUGUUAUACACUUUGACAGCCUAUACUACAGUAUGCAUUUAGGAAAAUGAUUUACUUAAGCACUUUUGAAUGUAAAAUGUGAAUUUUGUGCAGUUAUGAUUUGUUUUUUUGUAUGCAAAUGUGUAUGAAUAAGCACACUUUGUAUUUUUUUCAUUGUAGAUACAUAAAAAUAAAAGCUUUGUUCAAAUGUAAGCAAA